CAACACAAACCUUAGACAUAGAAGGAUGAUGCUAACAGUUAUGGGGUUUAAAAUGUGAAAAAAGAAAAGUUUGAAGACCAAACUAUAAAUAAAUAAAAACAAGGUGAGAAUUGCAUGCAGAGUGCGUGGAUGAGGAUAAGGUUAAGCAACAGUUUCUUCUGUCCCCUCUUCAAAACUUUUACUUAUCUUCUUCCAUUUUUAAAAUGUUAAUGAUACAAGUAAUAAAACAACGUGAUAAUUAUUAUAAUAAUAAAUUCUCUUUUUUGUUUUAUUAGUAUUUAAUGUAGUAAGGAAAACCACCAGAGCACAUAGACAAGAAGAUCACAUUAUAAAGAUCUCAUCUUUCUCUUCUCCUUCUUCCCUCCUGUAUCUGUAUUCUCUUAUCAGACAAAAAGUUCCAAGAUUUUUCUAAUAGCGAUGGAUUGUGUUGAAUCUUAUUUAUCCGGAGAUAAUUCUGAUGAAUCUCCGGUGAUGCAUACUUGGUUUUCUCCGUCUCCGUCUCCGUCUGACUCUUCCUCUUCUCCUUCAUCUUCUGCUUCUUCUUCCAUUGGGAGGAAUAGCGACGACGGUGAGAAAUCGUCGGAGGACGGUGGAGAUGACGCCGGAGAGAAUGAAGUUGAGUCUCCGUAUAAAGGUCCUCUUGAAAUGAUGGAAUCUCUCGAACAAGUCUUACCUGUUAGGAAAGGGAUAUCGAAGUAUUACAGUGGAAAGUCAAAGUCUUUUACUAAUUUAACGGCGGAGGCAGCUUCGGCGUUGACUUCUUCUUCGUCGAUGAAAGAUUUAGCGAAGCCGGAGAAUCCUUACAGUAGGAGGAGGAGGAAUCUCCUCUGCCAUCAGAUUUGGGAAAAUAACAAGACGACUCCACGUGGUGGGAUCUCGAAGAAACACGUUAUGAGUUCUAGCAGAAGCGCUUUGACGCUAGCUAUGGCUGUUGCGGCUGGUGUGAUGACCGGAGAAGGAUCUUCUUCCGGAGGUGACUCGUCGCCGGGAUCAAGUCCGACGACUUCUGGAUCUCCUCCGAGGCAGCUACAUCAUCAUCAACAUCAGAUGAAGAAGCUUCCUCCGUUGUAUCCUAGGAGUCAAGGGUCUUUUGGUAAUUUGACUUCGUCUCAGUCGUCGUUGGGUUUUUGUGCCUGGAGAUCGUUUUCGGUGGCUGAUUUUCCGAGGUGUUUUCCGGCGACGGCGAGUGGGAUUGGGUUUAAUGACUCGUAGGAAAUGAUGAUAACAAUUGUUUUGUUAAAUUUUUAUAUUUUGAAGUUAGUAACAACCACAUCCGGAGAAUGUAUGUGUAUAGAAGAGUUUCAAAACUUUUGAAUGGAUCAUCCACAUCUUUUUUUUCCAUUUUGGUUUUUUGUUCUAUCAAUUACAUCUUUUCAAAAAUCUUUGUCAUAUCGAAAUCUGUUAUCUGUGUGGAAAGUCCAACAUUCUUCUUUAUGUGUUCUUAUCCAAGUUAUAAAUGAUAAAUGCCUAGAAGCCUAAAACCAUAUGAAGUUAUCUAUAUUUGUUUAUUAUUGAGAAGUAGUAAUUAAUAAGGUUGUUGUUUAGUGAUAAGUGGGUUGAGUCUGAUCCACCAAGUACAUUUACUUGAAGAUGCAUUUGUGUCCACUCUUUUUAAGCUAACUUUGGAAAGUAAGUGAUUUGGCC